UCUUAUCAUAAAUCACUUGACAUUUUUUUGUCAGGAUGUUUUGAUCGCAUCACCUGUCUAUGACAGGUGAAAAUAAGGAAUAACAUUACGUAGAAACUGAAAAAGAAUUGAACAUGACUUCCGUCAAAGUAGCAGUUAGAGUGAGACCGUUUAAUAAGAGGGAAAUUGAUCUAGAGAGCAAAUUUAUAGUGUCCAUGAAUGGAGGGAAAACAACAAUCACCAAUCCUAAGAUUCCGGAAAGGAAUGCUGAAGGAGGACAUGGUAAAGAUGCCAUGAGGAUAAAGGAUUUCACAUAUGACUUUUCAUUUUGGUCUGUGGAUAAAAAUGAACCUAAAUAUUGUUCUCAAAAACAGGUUUUCCAGAGUUUGGGGUCAGAUGUGGUGACUUCAGCAUAUGAUGGUUACAAUGCAUGUGUAUUUGCCUAUGGUCAGACAGGAUCAGGAAAGAGUUAUACUAUGAUGGGCAGCCAGGAUGAUCAAGGACUGAUACCAAGAAUAUGUCAGGAGCUGUUUUGUAGAAUGAGAGAAGAUGAUACAAACUAUAGGAUAGAAGUUAGCUACAUGGAAAUAUACAAUGAAAAGGUUCGAGAUUUGUUGAAACAAUCAUCAAAUUCCAAGACGGUACAUAACCUACGAGUCAGAGAACAUCCAAAAGAUGGACCUUAUGUCCAAGAUCUAUCAAAACACAUAGUAAAUAAUUAUGAAGAUGUUGAGGAACUAAUGCAUAGAGGCAAUUCUGUCAGAGUAACAGCGACAACAAAGAUGAAUGACGUCAGCAGUAGGUCACAUGCCAUAUUUACGUUAGUCUUCACACAGGCUAAAUUCAUAGAUGAUUUACCAUGCGAAACAACAAGUAAACUGCAUCUAGUAGAUUUAGCUGGCAGUGAGAAUGCAGAUGCAUCUGGAGCCACAGGUCAAAGGUUAAAAGAAGGUGGAAACAUAAACAAAUCACUGGUUACCUUGGGGACAGUCAUUUCACUACUUGCUAAGAAUUGUAGUUUGAAAGAAGGAAAACAAGUGUUUAUUCCGUACAGAGAUUCUAAGAUUACCUGGUUACUGAAGGAUAGUAUUGGUGGUAAUGCCAGGACCAUUAUGAUAGCUACAAUAUCUCCAGCCGAUGUUAAUUAUGGGGAAACACUGAGAACCCUGAGGUAUGCCAACAGGGCCAAGAAUAUCAUCAACAGGCCUACUGUCAAUGAGGAUCCAAAUGUGAAGUUAAUCCGAGACUUAAGAGCAGAGAUUUCAAGACUGAAAGCACUACUUGGUGGAAGUCUGGAUAAUAUUGUGACACCUAAAGUUCAGGAAAAACUCCAUGAGAAUGAAGCAAGGGUCAAAGUUCUUACAGAAGAAUGGGCUGGCAAAUGGAACGAGACAGGAACUAUAUUAAAGAAUGAUAUGUUCGCUGUACGUAAGGAAGGUCUUGGUGUGGUGUUAGAUUUCCAGCUUCCACAUCUGAUUGGUAUAGAUGACGACAUUUGUAGCACUGGUAUUAUGUUAUACCAUAUUAAGGAAGGGAAGACUACAGUUGGUAGACCAGAUGCAGAUGUUACUCCUGAUAUUGUACUAGCUGGUAUUGAAAUAGAAAAGGAUCACUGUGUGAUAGAAUAUAUGAAUGGAGAUGUCAUUCUCUACCCUGGUACUGGUGCCCUGUGUGUUGUUAAUGGAGUCACACAAACCAGUGCAACAACAUUAUCACAAGGUGCAGUGAUAUUACUAGGGAGAACUAACAUGUUCAGGUUUAACAACCCAGCAGAGGCUGCUAAAAUGAAGAAAGAUCUUAAUAAUUGUGGUUUAAGCAUGUCCCGAUCAUCAUUACUGAGCUAUUCUAUGACAGAUCUAUAUACAGAUAGUUUAUCUGGUUCAGGAUACUGGUGGGAUGACAAUGAAAACAAGUUAGAGGAAGAGAGUAUAGUAGAUAACAACAGGAACAAAUUAGAUGAUUUAGAACAGAUGUACAUAGAUUCUGAGAGAGAAAGGGAGGUAAUUAUAGUUCAGCUUGAGGUGGAACUGGAAGAAAAGAGGAAUCAGCUAGAUCAAAUUGAACAAGAUUUUGAACAGUUAAGACAACAGAUAGAUGAACAGCCUAGUAACAGUCACAGGGAAAAGAUGUUCCACGUUGAUGAAGAACUAAGAGAUCUUGAGACAAGAGAAAGAGAUAUAGACGAGGAAACAAGAUUGGCAAAAGAACAACUACAAAUGGAAAUAGAAGAUUUGCAGCAUGAUUUUGAAGAAAAGAAGUCAAUAGUAAAGGAUGAGGUGAAAGAAUUGACGGAAAAUCUACAGACUUUAGAAAAAACAUACUCAGAUAAACUGAAACAAAUAAAGGAUAAAAGAGACAGUGUUAAAACAGAACAGCAGCAGCUAUAUUAUCAAAUUGAAACAAACGAAGAAGAACUUGAUGAACUUCAGAAUAAGGUUCAGGAAAGGAGGGACACUCUUGUCCGUGAUAAUCCUCAACUUUCCCAACAACUUGAAGAGUUCGAUAAUGCAGAAAAGGAACUGAAAUCAAUACAAGAGGAAAUAGAACUGACUCAUAAAACAAAAUGGAAUCAAGAAUUGGAAAAUGUCACACAAGAAAAUUUAAAAGUGGAAGAGGCGUGGAAAGAUAUUGAAGAAAAUGAACAAGUUAUUUCACAUUUACUCAGUAGAGUAGAUAAACUUAGUGAAAAAGAGAGAAAAAGUCUUGAAAUAAAGCAAGCAAGCAUUCUGGAAGCAAAAACGUUAUUGAAAGAUGAAGAAAAAAGACUUUCUGAAAAAGAGAAAAAUGUUUUAGAACAAGUAGAAAGAGAGAUGGAAAAAUGGGAAGAGACAAAAAAUACAGAAAUGUCUAAUUUACUGAAAAAGAGACAACACAUAAUUGAAAAUGGGGAUGUAGAAUUGACAAAUUUACUUCAAGAAAUGUCUGAAAAGUCAGAUGAAUUACAUAGUUAUGAAAACACCUUAAAAAGCGUCAGAAAAAUAUUAGAUGAAGCUGAUAGUGAGGAAGAAGAAACGAAGGCUCAGUUUGAGGUCGCUGGAAAAGAAAUAAAAGAUGAGUUAUCUACCCUUAGUAAAACUCUUCUGUGUUUGGAUGAGGAGGAAGAUGUUGAAGUGAGUGAUAUGAAAUCCAUGUUACAGCAGAUAGAAGACUAUUGUAAUACAGAGAUAAUGGGCAUUCAGAAAGACAAAGACAUGAUGAAUAAGAAACACCAAGAACUUUGUCAGCUGGAUGAAGUAGGAGUAUCAGAUAAUGAUAAGAAAAUUCAGGAAUUUGAAGAAAUGAGAAGGUCGUAUGAGAUUACAAAGCAAGAAUUGGAUGAAAUACAGAAAAAAUAUGAUGAACAAAGAAACAGUGAACUUGAUAAAAUAGAAUUUGAAAGAUUAAAACUGAAAGAAUUAGAACAUCAACAAAGAAUAAAUACUUUGGUAGAACAAGAAGUAAAAAGAAGAAUGUUUGAAGAAAAAAUUUUGAGAGAAAACUUUCGGAAAAAAGAAAAGGAGAAAGAAAGAAUUGACAGAGCAGCUGAAAUUCAAAAAAUUAAAGACAUGCAUAAUAGAGAAAUAAAACAACUUAAAGACAAAUAUGAAAACCCCAGCACUUCUUCCAAAAGUUUGUUGCCAUCGAAGUCCAACCCUUAUGUCACAUCUCCUGAUACUGGGAAGCAGUCACAACUUAGUCUAAGAAGCAGAUUUAGUGGAUCAAACAUAUCAUUAUCUGGUUCCCAGAUGGGUGACAUUCCAGCACUGAGUAUAACCAUACCAGCAUACAGGUUACAGGGUUACGGAUCGGAUGAACAUUAUGCAUAUGAAGUACAGAUAGCAGUAGGAGAUGAAAGGUGGACGAUAUACAGAAGAUACAGUCGAUUUAGAGAUCUACAUCAGGAAUGGAAAAAACAUUACCUACAGAUUGGAGGUCUUGUGUUUCCACCAAGAAAACUGCUCAGAAAACAAGAGAAAAUAGCUAUGGAUAGACAACUCCAAUUAGAGGUCUAUUUAAAGAAUGCUGUGACUAUUUUAAUGAGAACUCCAGAUUGUCCAUUACAUCCAUCCAGGAACUUGUAUCUCAGUAAACAGAUAUUAUGUGAUUUUGAUCCCUUCUUUAAAAGGGGAAUAUUUGAGACAUCUAAACACAGUACAUCAUGAUGAAAUAAGAGAGGACAAAUGGUUGUAAUCAGCAUAAUGUAACCAAGGAAUCUCAAUUAUAAACUUUAUUUGAAAUCCAUUAGCUAUGUCACAAAAAAAGUGAAAAGAUCAAUUUAAUUUUAUUAGAACUUCCUGAAUCUCAAAAAAACAUUGCAAAUAUUGAAUCAUUAGUUAGAGAUUAUUUUUUAAUUUUAAAUGUUAUAUUGAGGAAUUUUUCUUAGAUAUUCUAGUGCCAUAGAAUAUAUAACAUUAAGAAGUGUUAUGUAUGAUAGUUGUGUUCACAAAAUAAGGCUGUGAGAUUCAUGUAUAUUCUUGUACAUUUAGUUACUGCUAUUAUGUAAAAAGAUUUUUAUUACUCGAGGAUGUAAUUAGUUCAAAUUUUUAUAUGAAGAGAAUUUACAGUUGUAUUUCGAUAUUGGUGCAGUCUGUUCUUUUCACCAUUGCUUUUGUUCUAAUUGGUAUUUUUAGAUGAAUGAUACUCAUAAGUAUGAAAUUAAGAAAAGAGAAAUGAUAGUGCUAUAUUCAAUUGUAAGUUUGCCAUAAAAAAAAGGUGAAGGUUUGAACAUUAAUUUUAUAACAAUACUCAUUGUUUACAAGGCUAUAUUAGAAUUAGGGAUGAGUAAUAAUAGUGCUAUAAUCAAUCAUAGGUGCAGGAAGUUUGGUUGAACAUUAUUUUCAAAGUUGUACAUUUAUUGUUGUAUCAUGUGAUAAAAUAUAAAAGAUCUCAUAUCUCCAAUGCAUUGAAAUUGUUAAUCAUAUUUAUCGCUAUUUAUCAAAAAUUUCCUUGAUCUUACUGACUAAUAAUUUUCUUUAUCAGCACAGUAGAGUGCUAUGAAAAAUAAGGGUGUAUGUUCUGUUGUCGCUGAAAUUUACAACGUCCUCAUAGGUAAAAUAUUUAUAAACAGAUUAUCAUUGGUCAUCUCAAGCAAGAAAAUCAAUCCCAUUGAGACGAUUAGCAAAAAUCUAUAGUGUUUUUUCCUCAUGAAUUUUAGUUAUUUAUUUCCUUAGCAUAACAGGCUCCCAUCAACUUGCUAGCUUGGUAAAAUAUAAUGUUCCAGUUUCUAUAAUUAUGCCCCUUAAAAAUUCCUGUAUGCGAUAUCUUCUGCUGAAUAUAUGUAAUACUUUUGAAUAAAUGACUACAGCAGAUGACACAUUCUGUCUCAAAAACUUCUUCUUUCUUGUCUACUUUUCUCUCAGUAAAAUGUAUUAAUGACUCUACUGUUUUCAGUCACAGCUUGGCUCAUAAAGAGAGGGAAGCAAUAACCAUACAUAUUUCAUUAACAAUCACUCAUAAGCAGUACAGUUAAGUUGUUUAAGGCACAUUCCAGCUUUCUUAUGGUUUGUUUUCUUGUUGAAUAUAAAAUUAUCACUAUUAAUUAUUCAUGACAGUUUUUAUCUUAAUAUAUUUAUAGAUGUAAAUUCAUUGAGUGAUUGAUGCUUGUCCAUAGGGCCAUUGUAUGUUGUUUUCUAGUCUGGUAUUGUGUUCAUUGCACUUGUUAUAGGUAUGCAAGAUUACUUGUUACAUUUUUGUGAUAGUUUUUAAUGCAUAUGCUCUGUAUAUAUAUAUAUAUAUAAAUAUAUUUUUACAAAAUGUAUAUUUUUAUUAUAGAUGUUAAGAUUUUUAAGUCCCUUUUACAUUGUUUUAAUAUGAAUGAAAAUAUAAAAAAAUAUCUGCGUAAUACACCUACCUUUAAUUAGAUUUAAAAGAAUCUCACAAAAUAACAUUAAUUCUUUACUUUCCUUUGUAUUAAUCAUAAUACAGUAUUGUUUAAAACAAAAUAAAACACAUUCUCCCUUUAUCCAAUUUACAUAUUUUGAAUUACUAAGUUUUUCCUUGUGGAAAGAUAAUUUCUUAGAGCUUUUUUAGGCAAUUCACACCCACAAAAAAUGCACAGAGCGUAUAUGAUCAACAAAAUUUGAAACAUAAACAUGUUUUAUAGGUUAAAUUAUAAUGGUCUAAAGACACAGCCGAACCAUUAACUGUAUUGAAAUUUUACUUUAUUUAUAUCUAUUUAAAAGUUUUUGAUAUUUUCACAUUUUAAAAUGGCAAUUUGUAUAAACACAUGGCUUAUUUAUUGAAAGAUAU